UUGUUUAGCGGUAAUCGUAACGUUUUCUAACACAGAAUAAUUUUUAACGCGAAUUGUAAAAUUUUGAAAAAAGAACACAUUUUACAAUGAAUUCUUCAAAAAUUUUAUUUGUGAUUGGCAUAAUUGCCCUAAGUUGUGUUACGUACACUUAUGCCAUUAGAUGUUACAGUUGUGACACCAAGAAAGCCUGCAAAAGUCCUAAAAAGGUAGAAUGUAACAAUGGGUUGGCCAAUACCACUCGCGCUUAUUUGGACUUCCAUCACACUGGAAUUAACCCCAACACAACAAGUCCUUUUAUUGAAUGUAUGCAAGAACGCAUCAAGAGUAAUCAAGGUGAAUUUGAAUACAAAGGAUGUGUCUAUAGUAAUAUAAACGUUUGUCAAUUGCCAUUGCGUGAUUUCCAUACCAGUGGUAGAUAUGAACGUACCUGCGCCAAGUGCAACGACAAGGACCUGUGUAAUCCUGCCGGUCGUGCCAGCAUUAGCGGUUUUGCCCUUAUAGCCACAGUGGUUAUGGGUCUGCUUGUUCGAAAAAUUUCGGCUUAGGCCAAAGAGAGAGAAGCUUAACCAUAGCUUGCGGAAUAUAUUGAGAAACUAAAAAUCUAAAAAAGUAAAUAAAAUUGUUGUUUUGUUUUUUGAAAUAUUAAUGUUGUAAAUAAAAUAUUGAGCAGUAAAAUUUUGAUAAAUAAAAUUUUUAGCAUAAA